AUGAGUCGCGCAAGGCGGGAAUCCCUUGACGCCCUAAGAAAAUGGAUCUUGGGAAGGUCAUCCCAAGUGACGAAAUUAGCCUCAGGCCAAGGUAUCGCCGGAACUAGAGCAGCCCCCUCCCAGAGCGGUCCAAACGACACAAAAAUUGGUUCCCGUUUGGAUAAUGGCGAGAAGAUUGUAAAGGAAGGAAAGGACUAUAAACGGUACAAAUGGCAACUCAAUAAGAACGCGGAUAAUGCGACGCUCAAAGAGCUGGCGAACAAAGAUUCUCACAAAGUGUGGGCCGAGGCGGACGUAUCCGUCACAACAGAUGCUUCUGCAGCAAAAGCAGCUGUGGAGAAGCUCUUCGAGGAUUUGGAGAAAGACCUGAAAGGGUAG